AUGGCCUCUCGAGUGAAAAGACAAGCUGCCUUUCUCAAGUCUGUCCUGAGAGAAGCCGACGAUCACAAACGCAAAGAACAAUUUCGAAUGGCUAAUGGCGAUCAAAUCAAUGCCGUGAGUGAAUUGGUCCUCAACGUCAUAAAAGGUGUCGUACCCGUCUCUAACCAAGCCAAGGCAAGGUUAAGACCUUACGCCAACACACUUCGCCAAUUGAGUCGACGAAGAGCAGGCAUAAAAGCCAGACGACAACUGUUGAUGAAACAGAAAGGAGGUGCGGUCUUCAGAGAGCUUUCCAAUUGCGUGCGAUACUGCGUAUAACAUGGGUGAACCACUGACAAGUACUGAAGUGAAAAAUUCAACCGAGUUUUUACGUUUGCAAGACCAAUACAAGGGUGAAAUUGUAGAAGAUAAACGUCUUACCAAAGCAGCUGAACUGGCUGCCAAACAACACAUGAUCUUGAAAAAUAAUCAAGACGAUAGUAUGAAAGAGGCUCGUUUGAGGGGUGUCCAUAGUCAGUUUCAAAAAUGGACGCAACGUGUGCGUCAACCUUUUGGACCAUCGGGUGGAAGCGGUACUGGUGGAACGGUACAAGAUGAGGAUGACUUUGAAGCGGGUCCCGUGCAGGCUCUGGUCAAACAGUUGAUCAAAACUAUAAAAAAGCCAACCAAACAAGAACCGACUCAGUCUAUGACACCCGCCAACAGACCCAACAGAAAAAGAAGACUACCGACACCUGUGGUAACACCCACUCCCAGACGACCCAAGAAACCCGAGACACCACUCUCAGGCUUCAAUCCAUUGAACACUUUUGACGAAGACGACGACGAACCACCUGAGGAAUUUAUAGAAAGAAGUUAUCAAAGGUUGUUUCCAGAUAAACAAGGAGGCUCUCCAUCCACGUCUGUUAAAAGCAAGGUCACGCAACACGCAAAGACAGCGGUGAAGCGAAAGGGUAAACAGGCAGUCACCAAAAAAGGAAAACAGUUAUUGGGACGGUGGUUAGAGUACAAGUAAGAUGCCUCGAACCACACGCAAGUUGAGACGUGAUUCGUUGAGACGACAGAGAGGUGGUCGAUUGGACGUGCAAAAGGCUUUGUCCAAAACGGGCAUCGAGUUCCAUUGGCCAGGGUACCAGUACAUGGGCCCAGGCACCAAGCUUGAGAAACGACUGGCCCGCGGAGAUCCAGGUAUCAAUCGAUUGGACAGGAUAGCCAAACAGCAUGACAUUGACUACAGCAAAGCCAAGUCACUCAAGGACAAGUGGAAAGCCGAUGAAAAGAUGAUCGCCAAGAUCAAUCGUUUGCCGGGGCGAAAAACCAAGACUGAAAAAAUUGUCAAAGGCAUCAUGCAAACCAAACUAAAACUAAAAGUGUAA